AUGUGUGGAUGCAACAAGUUUGGCAACUGGGCGUCGUGCCUUGGAAAACUGCACCAAAGUCAAGAAAAGGAUGACAGUAUUCUCAAAUAUAACACACAAAAGAUAACCAGAUCCAGCCUUACCAAGCUCCUCUCUGAAGUCCAGGACUUAAAACAUGAGCUAAGUGAAAUAUUUGGAGUCUAUGUGAGCUUUACUACUGAGCUGGAGGAGCAGAGCAAGAUCAUUUUGGACAAAGUAUCAAAAGCCAGCACUGGAGAUGAAGUUCAAUAUUUGCAGGCCAGAGUUUUAGCUCUUGAGUGCUCUCUAGAGGAGGAGAGAGAGCAGUGCAAAGUUGAAAGGCAAAGGAGAAAGGAGCUCCAUAACACUGUAGUGGAGCUUAGAGGAAACAUCAGGGUGCAUUGUCGUGUGCGUCCCGUUCUCCCAUUCGACUAUCUCCAGCCCUCCACAUCUGGAUCAGGACACACACCAGUGGAGGAAGUCAUUCAAGCAGUUAGUGAUGACACAGUGAUGGUGAACUGCAUGAAAACAGGGUUGCCAGUGCAAAGCAAGAUUUUUGAGUUUGAAAGAGUGCAUGCACCAGAAGACUCUCAAGAUUCCGUAUUUGAAGAAGUCAAACCUCUCCUCAGAUCUUUGUUGGAUGGAUAUAACGUGUGUAUUAUGGCGUACGGGCAGACUGGCAGUGGGAAGACUCACACGAUGUUGGGCUCUGAGCCUCUGGAGCUGCUCUGCGGGGCUCAGCAGGAGGCGCAGCAGGGGGUCGUCCCAAAGGCAGCUGCAGAACUGUUCCGGUUGAUUUCUGAGAAGCCAACAGAGAGUCACACAGUGGAGGUGGCAGUGAUGGAGGUCUACAACAAUGAGGUGUUUGACCUGCUGUCCCAGGAUGAGAGGGGCUCUGGGGGGCAGAGACGUGAUGUUGUCACCACCUCAUAUGGAGAAAGCCAUGUCCUUGGACUUACACAUGAGCCCGUGAACAGUGCAGCAGAGGUGAUGCAUUUUGUUAAUAAAGUGUUGAAGCUUAGAGCCCACAGUCCAACUCAUAUCCACAUGGACUCAUCUCGCUCUCACCUCAUCAUCACUCUCACCAUUUCAUCCAAAAGUCCCAAUGCACUGGCUUUAGCUCGUAGACUACACAGCACCAAGAAGGCCAGCAGAAAGCAGUUUUGGAGUCCACAGUGUCGCCGUGCUAACCCACCUGAUGAGCUUCUGUUGAGCCCUGCUUCCUCCCGAUGCCCUUCGCCCUCCCCAUGUCCUUCCCCAUUACGCUCCCCCUCACCCUGCCACAGCAUCACCCAGGACACGUUCAGGACUAAACUUCAACUGGUGGACCUGGCUGGGAGUGAGUGUGUCGGUUUGUCAGGUGUAUCAGGCCCAGGCUUGUGGGAGGUGUCCUGUAUAAACCGCUCUCUCUGUGCUCUAUCUGAUGUCCUGGGAGCACUGGCUGAACAUAGACCACACAUUCCCUACAGAAACAGCAAACUCACACACCUUCUUCAGGAUGCCAUAGGUGGCGAUGCUAAGCUGCUGCUGAUGCUGUGUGUGUCUCCCACUCAGCACUUCGUCACUGAGUCCCUACAGUCUCUGAGCCUGGGGUCUCGAGCUCGUCAGGUCCAGAAGUCUGUGCCACGGAGGAAGAAUAACACACUUCAAGUUUAAGUGCAAAAUAUGAUAAAUAUGAUACAAGUUUAAAACACAUUCAAGUCUGACUACAAGAUACAGCCUUUACUUAAGUUUGCACAUGUAACUGUUCCAGUGGAGAUCCAACACCUGCUUAUAUCCAUAUAGAUGUUACUGGUUUGCUUGGAAUGUUCCACAACAUGGCAUUAAAGAUAUCUACCUCUUUGGAGACAAGCAGGUGAGAAAACAAGACCAAGUUACAGGUCAGAAACGUGACUCCACACAAUGUAAGAAUAAAAUGAUAGAGCUAUAGAAACACUUGUAAUCAAAUAAUAUCAAAUAGAUUUUAUAAUGUAUUGUGGAACAUUCCAGGCAAACAUCUCCAUGGAUACACGGUGACAGACCCUUGACCAAAAAAGGUACAUGCUAGCAAUACUGUCACUGAUACUGAAUGCAUUUUAUUGGCAGUGAAAACUACUUUGUCAUAUAAAUCAAUAGAGCUAGUUUAAAAAGACCAGAUCACCAGUACUGCAGUAAAUGUGAUACCUAGUUACCUAGUUAGUGAAGAAAUAUAUUAUGUAAUGUUGUAAACACCUCUCCAGUUUUGUGUUCUGUUCUACUAAAAGCUAAAGCCAAAAGGUUGUUGCCAUUUACAGAAGUGAUAACAUACAGUAUCUUCUUAUGUCUGUUUCUGGUGAGUGGAAUCCAGUAAUUAAAACAAGUUUAAAGUCUUG